AUGGACACCACUUCACAGCGAGGUGCCAGUACUUCUGUCGGCACGUCGCAGGAAGAGCGGGACCGCCAUGUGUUGCGUCUCGCUCCUGAGAAGAAGGCAUGGAUGCCUCCUAAAUCAGUCAUGGAUCACUUGUCGGCGACGACGAGUGAUCGCUAUCGAACACGAUUGUUCGAUUCGUCAAGGAUCCAUCACCUUGACCCCAGCGCGAAAAACUAUCGCGCUGAACAUGAAUUCUUCAUCGAUGCUUUCUUUAGACAUCGAUGGUACAGUGGGAAUCACAAACGUGAUGGUCCCUCACUACUUCAGGCGUGGAACGCCUACAUCCAUAACCUCGAGGAUGUAGGUCGUGACGCUUGGAACGACAAACUUAUCAAAGCUCGUGAUAAGUUUGAAAAGCGAACCCCGACAGGUGCACGCUACAAGCUGCAUCGUCUGUCAAGGGAGAAAGGAUUACCCUGCCUCUCUUGGGGAGACUCGUGCCCAUGUUGUGUGAACAACUCUGCACGAGCACCUAAGGAGGCUUACCUCCUUACUAGCCCGUGGUGGCGCGUACGUAUCUCUACUGAGAUGUACGAAGGGAUUGACAACCUGAAAUCGCUUUACGACCGUGCUGGGAAGACUUUCUCCGGCGGUCCUUCUGCGGCACAGGAUGUGCCGCGUCGUACUGCUCAACCAGACCCAGUACGUCGAUCAUCAGUUGGGAGAGGGGCUCCCAAGUAUCCCAGGACGGGGGAUAGCCGCGCCACCGGACGAGAUAACUCGUCCGACGUCCGUUCACGUCGCGGUGGUUCAACAGCUGCUCAACUAGAUAGCGCUGGCCACCGCGAGAGUCCUCUAAUGGAGGUGGAAGAGGAGGAAAGACGCUCUCCACACGAUCAUGUGGAUCGGUGUGUUCCCGAGAGCUUCUUUGAUCGCGUAACGCAAGGGUUACGCGACGAUCUCGAGCAUGAGCGGAAUAGGCGUCUCCAAAUGGCGGACACUGCCUCGAAGCAUCGAGCUGAGUUUGCCUUUGCUCAGCUUGAGAACGAGAGAUCUCUGACAUCUCUUCGUGACGAGCUAAGGGUAGCUCGUGGGAUUGUUAAUCGGUCUCGGGAUGAGAUAGCUGCUCUUCAGACCCUUGUCGAUGCCCACCAUCGGGAGCACAAGGCUCUCUGCGAGAUGCUUGAGCGCAAGGGCGUUCUUCAUCGGAAGAAGCAGCGUACUGGUGGUACGGCUUAA